GUACACGGCUGCCUGCUCCCGCCUGCUGGUCCAGUACAAGGCCGCCUUCAAACAGGUGCAGGGACUGGAGAUCAACUCCAUCGACGACUUUUGCCGCAGGUUCCGGCUGGACUGCCCGCUGGCCAUGGAGAGGAUCAAGGAGGACCGGCCCAUCACCAUCAAGGACGACAAGGGCAACCUCAACCGGUGCAUCGCGGACAUCGUGUCGCUCUUUAUCACCGUGAUGGACAAGCUGCGCUUGGAGAUCCGGGCCAUGGAUGAGAUCCAGCCAGACCUGCGGGAGUUGAUGGAGACCAUGAACCGCAUGAGCCAUUUGCCCCCCGACUUUGAGGGCCGGCAGAAAGUGAGCCAAUGGUUGCAGACCCUGAGUGGCAUGUCGGCUUCCGACGAGCUGGACGACUCUCAGGUCCGCCAAAUGCUCUUCGACCUGGAGUCGGCCUACAACGCCUUCAACCGCUUCCUGCACUCGUGAGGCCGAGGGGCCCGUCCCUCAAGAGGGGGAGAUGUGACGGGGGCCCUCAGGGCUCCCCCACGCGGACACGCAAAGGUUUCCAAAGGCUGGAGUUCCUUCCUUCCUUCCUCCCUCCGGAGCCAGAAGCCCCGGGCCAGCUCCACAUUUUGUGACCGCACUGCAGAUAUUUUCACUACGGGGGUGGGGGGCAGUGGACCAGCCCCUCCUUUUGCAGCCUCGAAUUGGGGAGCAGUAGCAUAUUUGGGGGGUGGGGUGGGGGGUGUUACGUGUAUUUAUUUGGGUUUUGCUUUGGCCUCAGAGAGGCAAAAUUUUGUCGGUCGGAAGCAAAUAAAAAUCUUUCUACAAUUCA